UUCAAGCCCGGUAACGACCAAAGGGCUUCUCUGAGGAAGAUAAGGCGCAGCUGAACUGGACACCUUAGGGAGCUUGAAGGUGUGCAACUUUGCCAGACGCACGGGAACGCGCCCUUCUCCUACAGCCCCGCUGCCCGGGUGGGUUGGGCCAGAGCCUGCAGCGGGAGAACAGACCAGCGCCCAGGGGCGCAGAGGUCUAGGGGCCCACGCCCCUGCGAGGGCCACCGGGCACGCGGUCUUCCGACCCCACUUCCCAGGUCCCACUCUCAGCGCCCGGCCAAUCAGUCCCAACGGCACCUGCUGCGCCCUCCUUAAGCUUUCCCGGGUCUCCAGCCCCCCAGCUUUGGAAAGCCACACUAUUCUCUACCUUCUCUCCCCUUUCCCCCAGGCGGCCCAGUCCCCGGGACGUGCGGAGGCAGGAGAAGAGGGCGAUCGGAAGGGGGGUGGGGACGUGGAAAGACGGUCCCAUGCUUCCCCGCUCACUACCCCCACCCCAACUCGGCAGCUGUCACGUGGUGCCUGGAGUGGGAGGUGGAUAGAAGAGGCGAGACUUUUUUGGGUGCUCUUAAUCGCCAGUAGUUCCUUCAAUCUCCGUCACCAACUCCAGAGACCCCGGCUCCGCCUGAGAGCGCGAACCAUAGGAGCGGCAACCCGCAGCCGGAAGCCCGGCGCGGGCGAUGCAGGCGCCGCCGGCUGCACCUGCGGCUCCUCUUGGUGGUGGCGGCGGUCGCUUUGGCAGCAGCGGCGCGGGCCCCAAUAGCCUAGGCAACCACAGCCGCUGCAGCCCGGACAUCCUUGGCGGUGGUCGCCGCUUCUGAUGAGCCUGCCCGCUCCCGGCCCCGCGGCUCCGGGAGGAUGUGGGUCCUCGGCAUCGCAGCAACUUUUUGCGGAUUGUUCUUGCUUCAAGGGUUGGCGUUGCAAAUCCAGUGUUAUCAGUGUGAAGAAUUCCAGCUGAAUAACGACUGCUCCUCCCCCGAGUUCAUCGUGAAUUGCACGGUGAACGUUCAAGACAUGUGUCAGAAAGAAGUGAUGGAGCAAAGUGCAGGGAUCAUGUACCGCAAGUCGUGUGCCUCGUCAGCGGCCUGCCUCAUCGCCUCAGCUGGGUACCAGUCCUUCUGCUCCCCAGGGAAACUGAACUCAGUGUGCAUCAGCUGCUGCAACACCCCUCUUUGCAACGGGCCGAGGCCCAAGAAACGGAGCAGUUCUGCCUCAGCUCACUGGCCAGGGCUCCUCAGCACCAUCCUGCUCCUCAAAUUAGCUCUUUUUUUGGCACACUGCUGAAGCUGAAGGAGAUGCCAGACCCUCCUGCUUUGUUCUUCUGGCUCGCCCUCCCCCUGCUCCCCGAAAUUCUGCUGGGUGUCCUUUUAUUCUGGGUGGGGAGGAGACUCUGUGUUCUUUUAGUUCCUUGGCAAAUAACAAAAUAGCUCAGUGUAAAAAAAAAAAAAAUGAUCUGAGCUCUGAAGAAAUUCAGUCUGCCUGAAUUUUCAGUGGGUCCUCAAAGGAAGGAAGGAGGUAGAGUGAAAAUUGCCCCAGUCUGUCCCCAGAGUGGAGGCCAGGCUGGCAGAAUCAGCCCUUAGGCGACACUUAAGUGGCCAUAUGCCUUCUCCCAGGCCACUCCUGUCCCUGAUAGUGGCAGUUUCUUUUGUCACUGCUGUAAGCAGGUAAUAUUCCUUUCCUGGGGGGAGGGCCAGUUAGCACUCUAGGCGUCCUUCCUUAAAAGUCACACUUCGUGCUCUUGAAUACCAUUCUCAGUGGCAGGGUUGGCUGGUUUCAUCACCGAGUCGGGCUCUGGUGACUCAUGAUUCAACAGCUGAGGCUUGGACUGGGGCUUGGCCUCACUCUCGCUCUGAGAAGUGCUUAAGAAAACCUUGUCAGUUCUCCUUGCAGAGGAAUUGCUCCUGGAAGCCAGGAAGAUGAGCGGGCGGUGCACCGAGCGGGCACUGUCCAUGCUGGAGGCCGCCUGGGCGCGCAGGCGCUUAUCCUGAUUGGCGUGCGGCAGCGUCAGGCGGCAGCGCAGGACCUGCGCAAACACACUGCGGAACUGCUGCGAGGACACGUUGUACAGCAGCGGGUUGACCACGGAGCUCAGGUAGAAGAAAGUGUCCGAGAAGGGGAGGAGGAUCAUGUAUGCCUUGAAAUAGGCCUUGGUCCAGUCCUGCUUGGGUUUGGCCGCAGCCAUCAUCCUCCGAAUCUGGUUAGGCAUCCAGCAGAUGGCCAGGGUCACAACGAUCAGCCCUGAACAGGCGGGGGGGUUGGGGGGGGGGGGGGGGAAGAAGGAAAAAAAAACACUGUAAGACCACCACCACCAACAACAAAAAUGCCCACAAAAUCAUUAGCCUCUCAGUUCUGUGCUUACUGGCCAGGAAACUACUGAUUUUUCAAGUUGUGUUUGAGGGCUUUUUGUUUGUUUUGCCAUGAGCAAAAAAAAAAAAAAGAAUUUAACAUUGUUUCAAGGCCGGGGAGAGUUGACUGUGUUAAAGAACAUUAAAUGCUUUAGACAAUUUA